CUGUCCACACCAACGUUACAUUCUCAUAACUGGAGUUGGAAAGACCGAUUUUGGUCUACGGUGAAGCGUCGAAAUAGUUUUCCCACUGUGUUGGCGGAACAGCAAAGCUUUGCGCAACAAGUCGCUUCCACAGAGGAUGCGUACUUCGGCAACUGCGAGCCUAGUCCAUCCUCAGCACCAACUGGGCCCGGCACCGACGAUUCUCCCAUCACUCGGUUAGGGUCACAUAUCGAGUCUAUCUCGCGCGAUGUGACUGCACUUGUACGACGUUCUCAACGUGUUGCCCGUCUGUUCUCGCGUAUUGACGAGUACGUGGUUAUCAUGUGA